UGCCGAAUCCCAGAUAAUUUUAGAGCGACCACGUCGAUCCUACUUCGCCAGCGCACACCGCGACCACCCACAAUCCCGCUCCCGCUCCCGCUCCAACUCCCGCGGCCGCUCAAUCCGCUCGCGCUCCUCAAGCACCCACUCCCGCCCACGCAGCUUCCCCGACCAUCCCGACGACUACAACAACUACUAUCCUCCAGCGCACACCAUGCCGCCUCUGCCUUCCCGCAGUCCGCGCAGAACACCUCGGCAGAGCGGUGAGUAUCAAACUUCCUACAACGACAACCCAUUCCAUCGGGAUAGCGUCCCACCAAUCUACCCACAGUCUGCCUCCUUCGAUCCAACAAACCCAGCCCACUACCCACCCAAUGCCUUCCCCGGCGCAAACCGCCCGCCGUCACCGCCGUACACGUCGAAAUCUAUAGUCGGGGAUAACGGCUACCCGCACCACAACGUGCCUCGAAGGAGGUCGGGUGGGGAGUACGACUAUGCUCAGAACGGCGUCAUGGGCCCCAAAGCCACCCGCCGCCCGGCUCGGAGGGAAGGAGGAGGGAGCAGGAUGAGUAGUGAGGAAGAGAGCGCGGGUAGUGAUGAGAGCUGGCGUGUGAGUCAUGGGAUGCCGGGUGGUUGGAGUCGGCCUGGGGGUGGUGCGAGGUUUAGUGGUGGGUUGGAGAGUCCGGUGAGUCCGAUUGGGAGCGAUGGGAUGGGUAGUGGGGGGAGGAUGAGGAGGAGUAUGCAGGGUGGAGGCUAUUACGGUGAUCAGCGCGGCGUCGGGCAGGCGAUGUGA